AUGAACAAUCAGAUUCGUGACGCAGUCGUGGCACGAUGUUCCUCCAGCUACGUUCGCCGAAAACUUUUGGAAGAGGGACACGACCUCACUCUGGCACGUGCGUUGGACGUCGCAUCACUCUGCGAGAGGAUUGAGGAGCAGUUGUCUCUAACAACGGGAGGAGAAGCUGCAAGUGCAAAUACAGAACGUGUGAACAGGGUAGGACCAAAGCACAAUCAAGCUAAAUUUAAGAGACUUCAAAAUACACAGAAAAGUAAGUCAGAACUGCACCAAUGCUAUAGAUGUGGAAAUACAGAUCACUUCGGCAAAGAUCCAAAAUGCCCAGCUAGAGGUCAGAAGUGCCACAAAUGUAAUGGAAAUGACCACUUUUCCAAAGUAUGCAGGACCAAAAAGAAUAGGAAACAAACUGUAAAUAAUGUGGAAGAACAGACAGAUUAUGCAUUUUUGGUGACAGACAACUCCAUGCAAAAUAGGCUGAACGUGUGCCUGGGAGGAGUAAACUUGAAGAUGCUCAUAGACUCUGGUGCUACCUGCAAUAUAGUUGAUGAGAACACAUGGGGGAAACUGAAAAAUGAACACAUAAAAUGCCAUUCCUAUCUCUCAGCAGACAGGAAGCUAUAUGCUUAUUCGUCCAACCAGCCACUGACAGUAAAUGGAGCUUUCAAGUGUGAAACUAAGAUUGGAAAUUCCAGUGAAUAUGCUGAGUUUAUUGUCAUCAAAGGACAUGGUGAACCAUUAUUAGGAAAGGACACAGCAGCAAAGCUUGGAGUACUGAGAAUUGGAACGGAUAUAGCAGUAAUAGCAGAUCUAAAACAGUCUGUACUGGCACAGUAUCCUGAUGUGUUUCGGGGUGUGGGAAAGCUAAAAGACAAACAAGUCAGUCUAUACAUCAAUCCUGAUGUCCAGCCAGUGGCACAGCCUUUAAGGCGAAUACCGUUCAACUUGAGAGGACCUGUAGAGAGAAAAAUAAAAGAACUGUUAGACACGGACAUAAUAGAAGAAGUGAAUGGUCCUACUCCAUGGGUCAACCCAGUAGUAGUUGUACCAAAAGCCAACUCUGAAAUCAGAUUAUGCCUGGAUAUGCGUCAAGCAAACCGUGCCAUCGUCAGAGAACGAUACCCUAUACCUACGGUGGAUGAAAUCCUGCAAGGCAUGAAUGGGUCCAUGGUGUUCAGCAAACUGGAUCUCAAGUGGGGUUAUCACCAACUGGAGUUGACACCUGCAUCACGCCAGAUCACAACAUUUGCUGUCCACAAUGGAGUCUACAGAUACAAACGACUGAUCUUCGGAGUGUCUUCAGCCAGUGAGCAGUACCAGCAUGAAAUUGCAUCUGCAUUAGCUGGAAUAGAGGGAGUCGAAAACAUCUCAGACGACAUUGUAGUUCAUGCAGCAGACCAGAAAACCCAUGACCAGCGUCUAUAUGCUGUCCUGAAGCGCCUGCGGGAGUGUGGACUUACAUUAAAUCCUGCAAAAUGUGAGUUUAAUAUGGAUCGCUUAGUUUUCAUGGGAAUCCUGCUGACAAACAAAGGAAUUGGACCUACUGAAGAGAGAGUUAGGGCAAUAGUGGAAGCCAGAGAGCCAGAAAAUGCCUCAGAGGUGAGAAGCUUUCUAGGUCUUGCCUGUUACAGCAGCCGGUUCAUUCCAGAAUUUGCGACUCUGGCGGAGCCAUUGAGACGUCUAAUCAGAAAAGACACUCAAUUUGUGUUUGGUCCAGAGCAAAGAAAAGCAUUUAAUGCACUCAAAGAUGGACUGGCGAAAGCUGGAACCUUGGCGUACUAUAAUAAGGAUGCACCAACACGAGUGAUCGCGGACGCCAGCCCAGUGGGACUCGGCGCUGUGCUUGUGCAACGCCAGCAGGGCGAGAUGGUUCCUAUUUGCUAUGUGAGCAGAAGCUUGAGUGACUGCGAGAGAAGAUACUCUCAAACAGAGAAGGAAGCCUUAGGUUUGGUGUGGGCCUGUGAAAGACUUCAUCCCUAUGUAUAUGGCAGACAGUUUGAGCUUGUCACUGAUCACAAACCAUUGGAGGCAAUAUACAGCCCGCGAUCGAAACCCUGUGCCCGUGUGGAAAGAUGGGUCUUACGUUUACAGCCAUACGACUUCAAAGUUGUCCAUGUGCCAGGAAAAGCGAACAUCGCUGACCCAUUGUCACGCAUGUUGGGGAAGACCACCAUAAAAGAGCAACAUUCACAUGGAUCUGAAGAAUAUGUGCGGUUCAUUGCUGUGAAUGCCACCCCUAUAGCUCUGACAACAAGAGAGGUGGAGGAAGCCUCAAGGAAUGAUAUGGAGCUGAUAGAGGUGAGAAAAGCAAUAGAGACUGGAUGUUUUGAAAAAUGCAUGGCAUACGCACCAACAGUCAAUGAACUCUGUGUUGUUGGCUACAUUGUGCUACGCGGUACCCGUAUUGUGUUACCAAAAGCCUUACGGGCGAGAGCACUCAUGCUCGCGCAUGAGGGACAUUUGGGGAUUGUUGGAACCAAACAACAUCUGAGAAGCAAAGUGUGGUGGCCAGGUAUAGACAAAGCUGCAGAAAGACAUUGUAGAGCAUGCCAUGGGUGUCAGAUAACAUCAAGACCUGAUGCACCCGAACCUCUAAGGCCAACGCCACUGCCAGAUGGGCCGUGGAAAGAUUUAGCCGUGGACUUACUUGGACCACUACCAUCAAAACACUCAAUCCUAGUUGUGGUAGAUUACUAUAGCAGAUACUAUGAGUAUGAUAUACUCACUUCCACAACGACUGAAAAAGUGAUUGACAGUCUUGAGUCGAUAUUCAGUCGACAUGGACUACCUGUAACACUGAAAUCCGAUAAUGGACCACAAUUCAAGUCUGAUGAAUUCAGAAAUUAUUGUGCUGAGAAUGGAAUUACACAUGUGAGAACAACGCCAAAGUGGGCUCAAGCGAAUGGUGAAGUGGAGCGCCAGAAUGCUUCAAUCAUGAAACGCAUCCGAAUUGCACAGUCAGAUGGACUUGACUGGCAGAAAGAGCUUAGGCGAUAUGCCACUGUUUACAGAGGAAUCACACACAACACAACAGGGAAAAGUCCAGCGGAACUCUUGUUCAAUAGGAAGAUGCGAGGCAAGCUGCCGGAAAUCACAUCUGCUCAAAUGGAUCUGGAAGUAAACGAUAAAGAUGCAGAACAAAAAGGGAAAUAUAAACUGUACGCUGACGAGCAGAGAAAAGCAGAAUACUCUGAUGUGGAUGUUGGAGAUCAAGUGCUGAUGAGACAAGAGAAAGUGGAUAAGUUCACUACAACAUUCAACAAAACACCACAUACAGUAGUAAGCAAGUACGGGAACAAAGUAACCGUGGAAUCACCUGCCGGAACUCAGUACAGCCGAAACACAACCAGUGUGAAGAAAUACAUUACAGACCUACAAGGAACAGAAGAGGUGGGAAACGGGGAGACUGGGUCAAACCCAGAGCAACAACCAGCUAUGGACACUUCCAGUAAUCCUGUUGUGCCAGCUGAACAGAGCAGCCCUCCUGCACCUCUUAGGCCUCAGCGCCACAGAAAACCACCUGAGAGACUAAAAGACUUUGUCAUGACUUAA